AUGCUUCACAGCAGUAUAAACGAUUCUGUGUAUCAAGUACCUCUGAGAAAUUAAACAGUCAAUGCAUAGAUAUUCAAUUCUAUUGCUACAAUAGACAUAAUUCAAACAUUUUACAACGAUACUCAAGAUCCACUUGAAGUAACUGUGAAUAUUCCCAUUGAUGAGGAUUACGGUAUUGGAAAAUUAACAGUCGAAAUUGGCGAUUAAGUUAUUGAAGGAAAGAUAUUAGAGAAAUAAAAAGCAUAAGAAAAAUACGAGGAUGCUAUUGCCUAAGGCCAUACAGCUACAAUUGCUUCUGAAGACAAUGAAAAAGAUGAAAUAAUCAAAUUGACUAUUGGUAAUCUCCUUCCUGGAUAAGAAGCAAAACUUGAAAUCUAACUCUUGAAUGUUCUUAAAAUUGAAGGAGCAGCAUACUGCUUAAGAAUUCCUCUCAACUACUUCCCUAAUUAUGAAGCUAAAUUAAACGGGUACAGCUAUAAAUUUUAAGUUGAAAUCCAUUCUGACACUCCAAUAACAUAUCUUAGUCAUCCAAACAGUUCAAAGAUCGUAAAGGAAACUUCUGAUGAAAACUUACUUCAUAUUAAACUUGAAAAAACCUAAGAAAAUGUAUACUGUCUUGAUAAUGAUUUGGUAGUAUACUACAGGACUAAUGAUAUGGAAAGCACAGUGCUCUUUUCUUAAGAGUCAGAGAGUCAUCCUGAUUAAGUUGCAGUUAUGCUCUCUGUAUUACCUAGUUUUAUUGAAUAGACCACAAGUGUACCAUCUUUAGAUACUUAUGAAGAGGAAAUACCUGAUCCAUAAGAUGUUCAAUACAUUAACCCAGGUGACUGCAUAUAUAUAUUCUUGGUUGAUAGAAGUGGUUCAAUGAGAGGAGAUAAGAUGUAAACUACAAAAGAAGCACUUAAACUGUUCUUAAAAUCAUUACCUCCAAGAUCAAAUUUUGAAAUAAUAAGUUUCGGUACAUAGUAUACAGUUCUAUCAGGAUCACCUAAUGGAUUAGAAUAUAAUGACAUCACUAUAAACAACGCUAUGAAUUAGAUUGAGAGCUUCUAAGCAGAUAUGGGUGGAACAGAAAUUUAUCAACCAUUGGAAUAUGCUAUCUCAGGCAUCUAAACAAAACUCUAAAAGAGAAUAUUUAUGCUUACAGAUGGAGAAGUAAGCAAUAGGAACUAAGUGGUUGAAUUAGCAGGUAAAUGUCCAUAUGAUGUUAGAAUACAUUCAAUUGGAAUCGGAAGAGGUUGUGAUGUUAGGCUUGUAUCAGAUGUUGCAACUUAAGGUAAAGGUUCAUGCAGUUUAGUGGUUGAAAGUAAAGACCUAAAGGCAAUAGUUAUUAAGGCUUUAGCCAGAGCCAAAGAUCCAUCCUAUAGCAACUGUAAAUUUAUUCUUUCUCAGAAUCCAAUCAUCAGCGCUAAUAAUUUAAAGCAUAACCUAAUUAAUACUACAGGAUUUGAAUUGUUCAGAAAUGAAAUUUUUCUGAUACUAGCAAUCAUACCCAAAUAAGAUUUCGAAAAUCUGAGAAUAAGCGCCUCAAGCGAUAUCAAUCCAAUUUCAAACAAGGGCAUAAAUUAUGAAUGGAGUGCAGCUGACUUUAGAUAGUUAAAUAUGGGUAAUGAACUUUUCAAAAUUGCAGCAAGAAUGAGUAUCAAUGAACUAUCUAUCCCAGCUUCAAAGUAUUCAAGAGUGCCUACUAAGGAUAUUGAAAAGAUUUCAAUAGAAUAUUAGGUGCUCAGUAAGUACACUGCAUUUUUAGCGGUUAACUAGAAUGAUGAGAAGCCAAUUGGAGAACUUAAAUAGAUCAAUAUUAAACAAGAAGAUUCAAUUCCUAUUGAGAGAAAUGAAAAGAGAUGUAGACGUAGAGUCUAACCUACUUCUCCAACAAGUUAAGUCUUUUCUUUUUCAAGCUCAAACCAAGAUUAAAUUAAAAAAAAGAAAAAAUGUAAAGAGAAAAAAGCUGCUUAAAAAUAAGAAACCCCAAAGAAAAAGCAGGAUGAUAAUGAAAAUGUUCAUCAUAAUUAACAUCAUUAACUUCAGAAAAUCAAUUAAGCAAUGGCAGACACAGAAAUGGCUGAGGAGGAAGAACGUGAAGUUGAAACCAUGUAAAUUGAUGAUUAAAUUUAUCUAGAAGGAUAUAACAAUAACUAAAUGCAAGGUUUAAUUAAGUCUCCUCUUAAAGUUUCUUAAUUGCCAAUGGAAGAAUAAAAAUAUAUGCUCUCAUACUCCUACCAACAAGUAGAAAUAUGA